GCGUGGUGUAUAUUAGUAUGGCUGACGUAGGUACAUUGUAACGUUUAGGAGUUCGAACAGGCGUUUGUUAAAUAUGAGUGUAAAUGAGUUCUGAAUUUAAAACAACAUUAUAUUUCUUUUCAGAUUAUUAGCUAUCACAUUACUUGUGCUAUUCUUUCGUUAACCGAAAUCUACAUCAAGCAAAAUGGUCGCAAAAGUUGACACCGAUAAGAAGAAGGUCGCCCAAAAGAAGGAGCACCCAACAUAUGCCGAAAUGAUCGUGGCCGCUAUCAAAGCACUCAAGGAUAGAAAAGGCGCAUCUCGGCAAGCUAUUGUAAAGUACAUCAAGGCCAACUACAAAGUGGGCGACAAUGCAGCUACUCAAUGCAAGCACAGUCUUAAGAGAUUGGUGACUUCUGAAAAGAUCGUAAAUACCGUUGGUGUUGGUGCAUCUGGUCGAUUUAAGGUCCCACAAGCAGCUGUCCCAACAACUACAAAGAAAGUGGCAAAGAAGACCGAAAAGGAGGCCAAACCAGCGCAAAAGAAAACCACCGCUGCCAAGAAGAAGACAGCUGCUAAAAAGUCACCUAAAAAGCAGGCCAAAAAAUCGCCAGCAAAGAAGCCCGCACAAAAGAAAGCAGCCGCCAAACCAAAAGUCAAAACCACAAAAUCUCCCAAAAAGCCAACCAAGAAGCCUGCUGCCAAGAAAUCCCCGGCCAAGAAGGCGGCUAAGAAGCCAGCAGCAAAGAAAUCAGCGAAGAAAACCACCAAAAAAUAAACAUUAGUUACAUCGCUAUCGAUUUAUUCUCAUCGCUGCCGCCCGUGAGGCACCCCUUGUUUUAGAUGAACACAAAUUCGUGUAUAUUGCAAUAUAUUAUUGCGCCCCACAAGCGAAACCCAAUGGGAGUUUAAAAUCCGUUUUUCCUAUUUUUAUGUUUUUUUUUAUUAAAUAAAUCUUUCAUUCAAACACUCAACCUACUCCAUUGGGGGGUAAGGCGGCCAGGUGCUGUACAAUGUACAUACCAGCACGGCAGAUUUCUUUUUAUUAUAUUUGUUUUAUAGUCGCGCGUUCCUGCGAUAAUGAUCGAAAUAACAAUAAAUCAAAAACAAAAAAAUUA